AUGUUUAUGCUCCGCAACGUGGGCAAGUUUCUCUUCGGUGAUACUUCGAAAGAAUCCAUCAUCGAAAUCCCUCAGGGCCAGCUCUAUCUAGUCCGCCCCCUGUCACCCAAGGGCUAUUCGGAGCUCAUUUUCAAAGACGCCGCCGCGACGAUCCGACGCACUGGCCAAGAGUUCCAGUACCAACUCGUGAUCCAGAGAGCCUACGAGGAAGGCGAGGAGGAACUUGCGGACGACGAAGACGAGCAGGUCGCGGAUAAUCUGGACAAGGACGAGAAGGUGUUCCUGCUCGACCAGACUCUGCACUUCCGCUCCGAAGUUCGUGAGGGUGGCAAGAUUCUCGCGUGGGAUGAUCUGAGCGGUGACGAGGGUGAUCUUUUCGAGUUCAUCUGUGACCCUUCUGUUCCAUCGGAUAAAGUUGCCACGUUUGAGCUCGCCGCUCUGCAGUGCCAGUACGAGCGCAAAUUCCGUCGCAGCGCCCAGAAGGCUUCCGAGGACGAGUUGCAAGAGUUCGCAUACCAAGAGGAGAAGCCGCUCCCAUCUGCGAGCCCCGUAUCCUCUCCUGUCACCAAAUCACCCGAGCGCACCGUCACAUCAGGUGACUCUGCAGCUGCUAUGGCACGAGAUGUGAAGUACGCCCAGUCGAAGGGGCAAGUCAAGUCAGCUGCGCCCGAUGAGGAGCCGACCACCGCCCCGCCCUCCGCUGCCCAGCCCGAGUCCAAGGAAAUUCUCGCCAAGGAGAAGGCUGAGCUUCACAUGUUUGACUUCCCCUCGGGAACGUUCGUGCUUCAAGAUCCUGAUAUCGUCGCAACCGUCUCAGAAAUUGGCAAUUGGCAGUAUUGGCUGCAGAUCAGUGGUAAAGAUAAGAAUUGGCUGGGCCAGGCAGUCGUUGGAGACAUCAAUCCGGUUUUCAACUUUGAGUACCUAUCUUUCAUCUUUAAUCACUAUGCGGAAGAUGGCUCGGCCUACUCGUGGCUUCUGCGGUUCAAAGACCAGGCUUCUGAGGAGCGAUUCCAAGAGGGUCUGAUGCAGGCUUUGUGGGAACAGCUCAAUGAGAUGAAGUGGGAGAAGGUCAAGGAAAAUGACAGGGAAUAUGUCCUUGACGCAUUCCAAGAUCUCACUAUGGAGGACGCUGAUGACAAGCCGGAAGAAGAAGAAGAAGAACCCGAAGAAGAAGAGGAAGAAAGUGACCAGGAUGAUGGCCAGCGAAGUGAACACUACGACAGCGAUGAAGAGGAGGAGGACGUCAAUGUCCGCGAGGAAGACGGAAACAAGAACUCUCAACUGGCGGUUGGUUACAAGCAUGACCGCUCCUUUGUCGUUCGCGGAUCAAAGAUCGGCGUGUUCAAGCAUACCCCGAACAACAAUCUGGAGUUCUCCACGACUAUCUCUAAAGUAGAGACCCCCGGAGGCAAGCUGUUUAGCCCCAAGAAGGUUAUGCUGCAUGCAGAGGAUCGCAACUUGAUCCUCCAAAACGGCGAGGACCCCAACUCUCUGUUCAGGAUGGACUUGGAGUACGGAAAGGUUGUUGAUGAGUGGAAGGUGCACGACGAUAUCCCCGUGGAGACUUUUGCUCCAGAGAACAAAUUCUCUCAAAUGACCGCCGCCCAGUCGUUCGUUGGUGCGUCUAAGAAUGCGCUCUUCCGUAUCGAUCCUCGUCUGGCUGGCAACAAGCUUGUCGACUCCGAUCUCAAGCAGUAUGCCAGCAAGAACGACUUCUCUGCGAUGGCUACGACCGAGAAGGGCUAUCUGGCCGUGGCUUCCAACAAGGGUGAUAUUCGCAUGUUUGACCGUCUUGGUAUCAACGCGAAGACUCACAUUCCUGCUCUUGGUGAGCCGAUCAUCGGUCUGGAUGUGUCUGCCGACGGUCGCUGGGUUCUGGCUACUUGCCGAACCUAUCUCCUCCUGAUCGAUUCACUACAGAAGGAGGGCAAGAACGAGGGCAAGCUUGGAUUUGAGAAGUCAUUCGCUAAGGAUGCCAAGCCUCAACCUCGUCGCCUUGGUCUGCAGCCUGCGCACGUCGCCCAGUUCCAGCACGAGACGAAGCAGCCAUUGGCCUUCACCCCCGCUCGUUUCAACACCGGUGUCGAUUCCACGGAAACGUCGAUCAUCACUGCCACAGGUCCCUUCAUAGUUACCUGGAGCCUCAAGAAGAUCAUUAAUGGUCGCAAGGAUCCGUACACAAUCAAGCGCUACGCCGAGAAUGUCAUGGCUGACAACUUCCGCUUUGGCUCCGACAAGAACGUGAUCGUUGCCCUUCCCAACGAGGUCAACAUGGUCGCCAAGCGCAGCUUCCAGAAGCCCACUCGUGAGAGUAUCGCUGGACCGCUCACACCUAUGCGUAAGAGCGGCAGAUGGAGCAACCGUCUUGGAAAGGACGACAUUGUCAACUCGCCAUAUUAG